ACUAUCUCUUCUUCAAACCCGAAUAAAAAUAUAUCUCUCCCUCCUACUCCAUUGUAAUGGCUUCGUCACUUCUAACAUACUCCAUUAUGAUCCCCACCACCGGUUCCACGGUGGUUGUCCGGUCAGUGUUACCCAUUGAAUCUUCACUACCCUCUCUCCGCCGCCUAACCUAUCCGCACAAGAAGCCAACCUUGUUCAUCUCAUUUUGCUCCUCUACGUCCCAAAAGGCCGCAACUAGUAGUAUUGACCUCCAACCCGUCAUGAAACGGUGGCCAGAGUAUAUACCUAACAAGAUCGCCGACAAGAAUUAUGUGAGAGUAUUUGACACGACGCUCCGUGAUGGCGAACAAUCUCCCGGUGGAGCUCUUACUCCCCUUCAGAAGGUAGAGAUUGCUAGGCAACUCGCUAAACUCCGAGUAGACGUCAUGGAUGUCGGUUUUCCGGCGUCGUCUGAGGAAGAGUUAGAAGCCGUUAAAAGCAUUGCCAAGACCGUUGGUAACGAGGUGGACGCGGAAACAGGUUACGUCCCGGUAAUAUGCGUCAUCGCACGAUGCAAACAUGAGGACAUCGAGGCCGCUUGGGAGGCGUUAAAGUACGCGAAGAGGCCGAGGAUAUUCCUAUUCAUAUGCACAAGUGACAUUCACAUGAAAUAUAAGUUGAAGAAGACUAAAGAAGAAGUGAUCGAAAUGGCGAAAUGUAGUAUUAGAUUCGCUAAAAGAAUAGGCUUUAGUGACAUCCAAUUUGGUUGCGAAGAUGGCGGCAGAUCGGACAAGGAUUUUCUAUGCAAGAUUAUGGGAGACGCAAUAAAUGAGGGCGUAACGACGGUGACCCUCGCGGACACGGUAGGGAACAACAUCCCUCAAGAAUUUGGAGAAAUGGUGACCUAUAUCAAAACAAACACACCUGGAAUUGAUGAUGUUGUCUUCAGCCUUCAUUGUCACAACGACCUUGGUCUUGCUACCGCCAACACAAUCUCCGGUGUGUGUGCGGGAGCAAGACAAGUCGAAGUAACGAUCAACGGAAUAGGCGAAAGAAGUGGGAAUGCUUCGCUUGAAGAGGUUGUACUGGCUUUGAAAUGUCGUGGAGCAUAUGUGAUGGAUGGUGUUUACACAAGAAUAGACACACGCCAUAUCAUGGCUACUAGCAAGAUGGUUCAAGAGUAUACUGGCUUGUAUGUUCAACCACAUAAACCCAUAGUAGGUACCAACUGUUUUGUUCAUGAGAGCGGCAUUCACCAGGAUGGAAUUUUGAAAUAUCGGAGUACAUAUGAAAUAUUCUCACCAGAAGACAUUGGGGCCGAAAAAUCUCAAGAUUCAUGCAUUGUUCUUGGAAAGCUUAGUGGACGUCAUGCUGUGAAAGAUCGGCUAAGAAAGAUAGGAUAUGAAAUCAGUGAUGAGAAGUUCAACGACAUUUUCUCACGAUUCAGGGAGUUAACCAAGCAGAAAAAGAGGAUUACGGACGCUGAUCUUAUUGCAUUAGUGGCGUACGGUGAUAAAAUCUCAUCAGAGAAAUUAACUAUUAACGGAAAUGGCAGCUCUCUAUUUGUAUAAAAUGACAUUACUUUGACAAAAAAAUGUAAUAAGAUGACACAUCAAAUGGGAUUUGACAUGCAUGUGUUCUUGUAAUGAAUAGAAUAAUAAUCAGUGUUGUUGGAGAAUGUUUUCUUAUAUGUUGUUUAGUUACUUCCGCAUUCUCAUGUA